AUGACUAUGACUCUGGAUCAACGCAAUCAUCAUCUAGCCGGCAUGAACUUCGACCACAUGUCGUAUGCCAACUCUCCACAAUUCUCAAAUCCAUGGGGCUCGAGCCAAUCGGCGUCUCACGCACCUCAGCUCUUUUCCAGCUCCAUGGGUACCAGCAACAUUGCCUUCGACGCGCUCAAGCAACAACAGAAUGCUCGCUCCACCACUUCCUCAAUGUCAUACUCGUCAGCACCCGCAAGCGCGCCAUCGAUGCCAGCGAGCAAUGGCUACCCAUCGUAUGCGACAUCCAAUCUACUAGAUAUGUCGCAAGACCUGCUCAAGCCUGAAUUUCCUCGAUCCACAUAUGAUCAUGGAUACUCAGCUGCGCCUUCUUCAGUCAAUUCAUAUGCCCCUACAUCAGCGCCGUAUGUGAGCUCCUACAGUUCUCUUGCGCAACCACAGCAACCAGAUGAGAUUAGGCGGUUGUCUCAUUCAAGCUCAGUGUCCUCGUCAUCACAGUCGCAGCCAUCAUACACCGAUGCUCUCGAUGCCUCCCGGGGCAUGGUCGCCUUGAGCCAAGAUUUGACCACUCCAAGAAACAUCUACGGUUCAAGGAGCGACAGAGCAUCAUCCAAUGAUGGAUAUGGGUUCCCUUCAACCCAUUCUUCGCACUCCUCUGUCUCAGAUGGUAGCUACAACCCAUCAUACUACAGCGGCUCAGUCGCCUCUUCGGUCUCCGACUACGGAUCCAACUCAGACAUGGAGUCUGUCAAUUCGCGAACACUACCCAGACCAUCUGGCCUGGCCGGCACCAAUGCACUGCCCGCGCCCCAAUCCAUGAUGAGCCAAUUCAACUCCAAGGUCUCUUCAUCCACACAAAAGAAACACAAGUGCAAGAUCUGCGACAAGCGCUUCACUCGCCCCAGCUCUCUCCAGACCCAUAUGUACAGCCACACUGGCGAGAAACCCUAUGCCUGCGAAGCUGACGGCUGCGGUCGUCACUUCUCAGUUGUCUCCAACCUGAGGAGACACCGCAAGGUCCACAAGAGCGAUCGCGCAUCAGACCACGGGUCGCCAGAAGGUUCAUGGACAUCUUCUGAGAAGUGA